UUCAAGAAACAUCAAGUUGUGUUACACAGAACAGGGACAAAGAUAAGACCUUCUGGAGGAAAGUUCUGUGGUCAGAUGAAACAAAAAUUGAGCUGUUUGGCCACAAUACCCAGCAAUAUGUUUGGAGUAGAAAAGACGUCCAGCAGCGCCCCCACAUUAAAGAGGAAGAGGAGGAUCCACAGUCUCCUCACCUUAAAGAAGAAGAGGAUGAAUGUUGGAUCAGUCAGGAGGGAGAGUGUCUUCUAGGGCAGGAGGAGGAUGAUGUCACCAAGUUUCCACUGACUGUUGUCUCUGUGAAGACUGAAGAGCAUGAAGACAAACCACCUGAGUCCUCACAGCUUCAUCACAGUCCAAUCCAGCAGGAUCCAUCAGCAGAGGAGGCAGAUGACGAGGCCACACUCAAGGCCAAGAGGAAGAGGACCACCACCUUCAACGAGGAAGAGAAGGAGGAAAUAAUCGACUUCCUCCUGCAACAUGAGGUCCUCUACACCAAACGCCUCGCCGGGUUCAAAGACGUCAGCAAGAAGGAGAAGCUGUGGGCGACGCAGGCCGAGAAGAUGGGGACGACGGCGGCGGACCUGAAGACCUGGUACACCAGUAUGCGCACAAUGCUCGGUCGGCUGAAGAAGAGGGCCAGGAAGAGCGGCGCCAUGGCUGACCUGAACGCCACAGAGCAGUGGGUCUGGGACAAGUUUGGCUUCCUGCGGCCCCACAUCGAGACAGUGGACCCGAGGAACGCGGCCUUGUUUGCUACGUCAACUCAAGAAAUAGCCACUGAGGCCCCGGCGGCCAGCGCGGCAUUCUCUGGUGCGAGCUCACCGACAGGAUCACAGGGGUCCUCGCAGCCGGGGUCUCAGCAGUCACUGACACAGGAGAGGAUGACCUCAGGAGAACAGAAGGACCUCCUGGUGGACUUUAAGACACGCGGCACGUCGGGAACUGCCAGCUCCUUCUUCGGCAGAUACGUGGAAGAGAGCCUCUCCAAGCUGCCAGGGGACCUCAGAAGGGCAGCAGAGGUGAACAUUAUGCAGGAGCUUCACAGGGCCCAGACUGCGGCCGAGCAGAGGAGCACGGCACCCACGCGACCUGCCUUUGUGUACCAGCAGUCGAACCAGCAGGAGUACCAGGGGCUAGCGCAAAUUGGAAAUGCUGUGCCACCUACUACACUGCAUGCCAGCUCUGACGUCCCACCAACUGCCACACCUGCAUAUCCCAUGGCGAAACAAACGGCACCAAUGGAUCAGAUAGUGCCAUUGGUACUGCAAGUAGUUCCGGUAUUUGAUAUCCGCCAGAUUCUCCGAGCUUCACCUGGGGGCAGGCUGAUAGUUCAGAGGCUUGAUGAGGAUGGUGUGAUCACAAUCAAGCAGAGGUAUUGCCUCGUCCGGAUUCUGGUGUCACAUCUCAUGGAGAAGUUUGGAGACAGCCCUAGCUCUCAAACAAAAAACACAAUGGCUUCAUCUUUGGUUCAGACAUUCCCCUGCUUGAAAGACACAUCAGACAGUGGUCAUGAAAUAUGGUAUACCCAAGGCCGGAACUACCGUCCGGCCACUGGAUUCCUCGAAGAAAGGCUGAGGAAUAUUAGGAAGAGGAAGAGAUCAUUGAGCAGGCCUACCAGGCAAGAGGACAGCGAGCCUGCAAGGGUGUGCAUACCAGAUUCUACCAUAUCCGAUGAGAGAGCUGAACGGAUGAAAGAAUGGCUGAGACACAAUUCUCAGCCCCUGGGCCAGGUGUGGGCGUACAUGCAGGACACAGUCCUGUACAGGGCACGCUGGAUAAGAGGACAGAACUCUAAAAAUGUAUCGGAGAUCCUCAAAGAGUUCCCACAUCUGACUACUCAAGGCAUGAUUGCACAGGAUUUUCAGGUUUUACACGGAGAGGCGGCCCCCAAACUCAGCGAAACAUGGCUGCCUGUGUACACCGAGAAGAUCCUGAGCCUUGCAAGACGUGAAGGGAAACUUGCAUUGCGGGCAGAUGAAAUGGCACUGGAUGCCAAGUGGCAACUCGCGUUCAAAGUAUUACCUGCAAUGCUUCCACCUACGGUAUAUAAAGUUGGCGGCAAAGUGUUCCGACACACGAUUGAGGAAUCCAGGUUGGCCUUCAUUGACUGUAAACCUGUCGGAACUAACAUGGUGGAGUACCUCCAGCACGCAGAGGUGUCGAGGUCAUACCCCUACGUCCUCUCUCUGGGAGAUGACCGCCUGCACUGCUCCUGUCAGUCAUUCGUUAUCCUAGCAGGUCAGGCUUUGGAGCAGAGCACACUGCUGGGGGCAGUCGACGUCUGCUUCAAGGCUUUUCAUAUCUUUGACAUCAGCUACCCCAAGCAGUGUGCCCCUGUUUGGGAAUUUCUCCAGAAAGUGGUCUAUGAAAUGGGAGGAGGUGAGUCCACCCCUGUGAACUUUCUGCACACAGCAAUACUUGCUUGCAAGUAGAGACCGGAGGAUUCGAUUGUUUUCCUUCUGCUGUCCAAAACUGUUUGGUAUUCGUGUAUUUUCACAUAGUUUGUCAUAGUUUUUGGAACAUCCAUACUGGAGGUCAUCUGUUCCAACAUACUGAAAUAAGCUAAUGUUCAUUUGCUGACAGUUGAUCUGUCAGUUUUGAAUGGGAUUGUUUUCAAAAUAAAGCGUCAACUGUUUGUUGCACAUAUGUU